AUGCGAUACGUAGAAGCACGCAACUCUGCAGCGAAAACCAAAGCUGUUCCCUGGUCGAAGUUCGGUGAGGCAUUUCAGACGGCAAAGGAGGCAUUUUGGGAAACCAUCCGCCUGCUUCGAGGUGAAAAGAAGGGCAUUCUAAGAGUCACGAAGGACCAGUUUAGACAUCCUGUUGCCGACGACGAUGACAUUCUUCGGCGAUAA